AUGGCGAAGAGAGUUCUCCUCACAGGUGCCAACGGCCUAGUUGGCCAGCAUACGUUAGCUGCCUUCCUCGAAGCAGGCCACUUUGUACGAAGCGUUGUGAGGUCACAGUCUAAGGUGGCCCAGCUCUCGUCACUCUUCUCCAAGUAUCCCGCCUCACAGAUGGACUUUGGCAUAGUCCCCGAUAUCACAGCGCCUGGUGCCUUUGACUCCGUGCUGAAGGCUGAGCCACCCUUUGACGCUAUAGUCCACGUAGCGUCACCGUUCAACUACCGCAAGAACUCUACAAAUGCUGAGUUCCUCGAUCCCGCUAUAAAGGGCACUACGGAGAUCCUGAAAGGAAUCGUCAGGGUAGCACCCACUGUCAAGCGCGUCGUGAUGACUAGCUCCAUGGCGGCCGUCAUCAACUGGACGCAGCCAAAGGUCGCCGACCCGCAGAAGGUCUACGCCGAGGAAGACUGGAACCCCGUGACGUGGGAGACGGCGACGACCACCGAGCUGCCAAACACCAUCUACCAGGCGAGCAAGAAGUUCGCCGAGCUGGCGGCGUUUGACUUCGUGGCGAAGGAGAAGCCCAACUUCGACCUGGCGGUCAUGAACCCGCCCAUGGUCUACGGGCCGACCUACGACCCGAGCAUCUUCACCAGCGUCACGGAGCUCCCCGAAUCCGUGUACAGCGUCUACAACAAGACGCUGGCGGCCGGCCUGUCCGAGUCGUCGCCCCUGCCGCCGACGGGCCUGCAUCUCUACGUCGAUGUCCGCGACCUGGCGCAGGCGCAUCUACUCGCGGCGACGGUGGCCCAGGCCGGCGGCAGUCGGUACAUUCUGGCUGCGGGGCAGGGCGACAUGUCCACGCAGCGGAUCCUCAACAUCUUCAGGGCGACCCUGCCGGGUCUCAGCGGUCGGAUCCCCAAUGGCGAGCCCGAGAAAUGGGAGUCGGAGAAGGGCUUGUUCGGUGCGAGCAACAAAAAGGCGAAGGAGGUGCUGGGGCUCACCUUCCGGACGCCGGAGGAGACGAUGGGUGAUAUGGCGAGACAGCUGUAUGAGCUUGAGAAGAGACUGGGUUCCUCUCAGUGA